AUGUCUCAAACACAGAAAGACCACAUAUGUGUCAAACACAGACAGACCACACAUGAGUCAAACACAGACAAACUACACAUGUGUCAAACACAGACAGACCACACAUGCGUCAAAGACAGACAGAUCACAAAUUAUCAGCGCCACCACUCCUCCACAGCUUCAUCACUUAGGUAUCAGCGCCACCACUACUCCACAGCUCCAUUACUUGAGUGUCAGCGCCACCAAUACUCAACAGCUCCAUCACUAGAGUAUAUUCCCCACCACUACUCCACAGCUCCAUCACUUGAGUAUCAGCGCCACCACUACCCCACAGCUCCAUCACUUGAGUAUCGCGCCACCACUACUCCACAGCUCCAUCACUUGAGUACCAGCACCACCACUACUCCACGGCCCCAUCACUUGCGUAUCAGCACCAUCACUAACCCACAGCUCAAUCAGUAUCAGCGCAACCUGGCUACUCCACAGCUCCAUCACUUGACUCCAUUACUUGAGUAUCAGCGCCACCACUACUCCACGGCCCCAUCACUUGAGAAUCAGCGCAACCACUACUCCACGGCCCCAUCACUUGAGUAUCAGCGCCACCACUACUCCACAGUUCCAUCACUUGAGUAUCAGCGCCACCUAGCUACUCCAUGGAUCCAUCACUUGAGUAUCAGCGCCACCACUACUCCACGGCCCCAUCACCUGAGUAUCAGCGCCACCACUACUCAGCAGUUUCAUUACUUGAGUAUCAGCGCCACCAUUACUCCACAGCCCCAUCGCUUGAAUCCAUCACUUGAGUAUCAGCGCCACCACUACUCCACGGCCCCAUCACUUGAGUAUCAGCACCACCACUACUCCGUAGCUCCAUCACUUGAGUGUCAGCGCCACCACUACUCCACAGCUCCAUCACUUGAAUACCAGCGCCACCACUACUCCACGGCCCCAUCACUUGAGUAUCAGCGCCACCACUACUCCACAGCUCCAUCACUUGAGUAUCAGCGCCACCACUACUCUACGGCCCCAUCACUUGAGUAUCAGCGCCACCACUUCUUCACAGCUCCAUCACUUGAGUAUCAGCGCCACCACUACUCCACGGCCCCAUCACUUGAGUAUCAGCGCCACCACUACUCCACAGCUCCAUCACUUGAGUAUCAGCGCCACCACUACUCCACAGUUCCAUCACUUGUGUAUCAGCGCCACCACUACUCCGUAGCUCCAUUACUUCAGUAUUAG